GGCGCCUCUUGGCCGCCGUCACUUCCGGUUCUCUGUCAUUCGCGAGCGAGCAGGCUGCGAGCGGGUCGGCUGCCUUCGCGGAGCAAUGCCUAAGUCAAAGGAACUUGUUUCUUCAAGCUCUUCUGGCAGUGACUCUGACAGUGAAGUAGACAAAAAGUUGAAGAGGAAAAAGCAAGUUACUCCAGAAAAACCCGUGAAAAAGCAAAAGACUGGGGAAACUUCCCGUGCCCUGGCCUCGUCCAAGCAGAGCAGUAGCAGAGAUGACAACAUGUUCCAGAUUGGGAAAAUGCGGUACGUGAGUGUUCGGGACUUCAAAGGCAAAGUCCUCAUUGACAUUAGAGAAUAUUGGAUGGAUACAGAAGGUGAAAUGAAGCCUGGACGGAAAGGAAUUUCUUUAAAUCCUGAGCAGUGGAGCCAGCUGAAGGAACAGAUUGCCGACAUUGACGAUGCAGUAAGGAAACUGUAACCCCAGAGCCAUACAGCGCCUGUACUGUUCUAGUUGUUUUGAUCUGUCUUUCUACAUUGGCUUUUGUUUUCUAAAUGUUGUUUUCCAAGCGAUUGUAUAUUUGGAUUGCAGAAUAAUUUGUAAGAUGAAGACUUUUUUUUUUAACGUACAUUAUUAAAAUGUUCUGAGUGAAGCCCACUGUCACCUUUUUUAAGGAGGAUGGCUUUGUGUCCACCAUGUAGUGUAAAAUAAAAUCACGUCACACAA